CCGCACGAAGCUGUGCCUUUUGAAAACUGCCAAACGCAUAUUAGCAUCGCGUUUGCGCCUGCGCCCGCCUUUAUUUUGCGCAAACGCAGCGCGCGCGCCGUCACAGAGCCGACCGCCGCUCGCGCGCGGCGCGGCGCCGUUGCGCGGCGCCGCCGCGGCGGGCUGCCCACCAAAUAAUUCGCUUCCAGGGAUUUAGAAGCGCCCGCGAGCACAGGGAAUCACGCCGCCUCUCCCGCAGGUUUCAGCAACAACAACUACUCUAGCAACCAUGCGCGAGAUCGUCCACAUCCAGGGCGGCCAGUGCGGCAACCAGAUCGGCGCCAAGUUCUGGGAGGUCAUCUCCGACGAGCACGGCGUCGACCCGACGGGCACGUACCACGGCGACUCGGACCUCCAGCUCGAGCGCAUCAACGUCUACUACAACGAGGCGACGGGCGGCCGCUACGUGCCGCGCGCCAUCCUCAUGGACCUCGAGCCCGGCACCAUGGACUCCGUCCGCGCGGGCCCCUUCGGCCAGCUCUUCCGCCCGGACAACUUCGUCUUCGGCCAGACGGGCGCGGGCAACAACUGGGCCAAGGGCCACUACACGGAAGGCGCGGAGCUCAUCGACUCCGUCCUCGACGUCGUGCGCAAGGAGGCCGAGUCCUGCGACUGCCUCCAGGGCUUCCAGCUCGUCCACUCCAUGGGCGGCGGCACGGGCGCCGGCAUGGGCACGCUCCUCAUCUCCAAGAUCCGCGAGGAGUACCCCGACCGCGUCAUGUCGACGUACUCCGUGAUCCCGUCGCCCAAGGUGUCGGACACGGUCGUCGAGCCCUACAACGCGACGCUCUCGGUGCACCAGCUCGUCGAGAACUCGGACCAGUGCUUCACGCUCGACAACGAGGCGCUCUACGACAUCUGCUUCCGCACGCUCAAGCUCACGACGCCGACGUACGGUGACCUAAACCACCUCAUCGCGGCGGCGGUCUGCGGCACGACGUGCUCGCUCCGCUUCCCGGGCCAGCUCAACUGCGACCUCCGCAAGCUCGCGGUCAACAUGGUCCCGUUCCCCCGGCUCCACUUCUUCAUGGUCGGCUUCGCGCCGCUCACGUCGCGCGGCUCGCAGCAGUACCGCGCGCUCACGGUGCCGGAGCUCACGCAGCAGCAGUUCGACGCCAAGAACAUGAUGUGCGCCGCCGACCCGCGCCACGGCCGCUACCUCACGUGCUCGUGCCUCUUCCGCGGCCGCAUGUCCACGAAGGAGGUCGACGAGCAGAUGCUCAACGUCGUCAACAAGAACUCGUCGUACUUCGUCGAGUGGAUCCCGAACAACGUCAAGUCGGCCAUCUGCGACAUCCCGCCCAAGGGCCUCAAGAUGGCGACGACGUUCAUCGGCAACACGACGGCCGUCCAGGAGACGUGGAAGCGCGUCGCCGAGCAGUUCACGGCCAUGUUCCGCCGCAAGGCGUUCCUCCACUGGUACACGGGCGAGGGCAUGGACGAGAUGGAGUUCACCGAGGCCGAGUCCAACAUGAACGACCUCGUCUCCGAGUACCAGCAGUACCAGGACGCGACGGCCGAGGAGGAGGGCGAGUUCGACGAGGACGAGGAGGGCGACGACAUGAUGUAG